UUUCAUUUACCUUAAACAGCCAAAAAAAAAUUAAUAACCAUUAACCAACUAACCUUUCACUUUUAAGUCCUACCACUCAAUAAUCUCUUAAUCUUCUUCAUUUCUCAGUUUCAUUUCCAAAUAGCAUUCCUUCAGCAGGAGAGAGAAUCUAUAAGCUUUUUGCUCAUAGCCUCACAAGCACAUUGCUUCAUCUUUUUCCCACUGUUAGUUGGUUUGUAUUGAUUUCUGGGUCAGUGUAGCUUUUUUUUUUUUUUUUUUUUUCCUUUUGCACGAGUUUGGUCAAGUUUCCAGUGAAUUUGUUAGGUGUGUGGGGGGUUUUGUGAUUAUUGGGUUGCCAUGGAUCUGGUUGGAUCUUCUGGUUUUGAGUCCUACAAGGUCCAAGUGAAGGUCAAAGUUUCGUUUUUUAUGGUGUGAGUGAUUCAGCUGCUGAAUGAGUUUGAAACAUGAAGCGUAAUAAGUUGGUUCAGCACAAGUGGAAGAAGAAGCUUUUUGCUUUGAUAUUGGUGGUGUUUUGUCUAGGAAGCUUGUUGUUUAUGCAGACACGUUACCAUCAUGUUGCGGGGUUGGUUUCAUUGCAACACCGUUUUGUUUCUGAGCCUGAGGUUCAAGGUCCCAAGAUUGCGUUUCUCUUCAUUGCACGGAACAGGCUCCCUUUGGAAAUGGUUUGGGAUGCAUUCUUUAGGGGAGGUGAUAGCAAAUUCUCAAUUUUUGUACACUGCAGGCCUGGGUUUCUUUUAAACAAGGCAACAACUAGAUCACCAUAUUUUUUGAAUCGUCAAGUUAAUGAUAGCGUACAGGUUGAAUGGGGAGAAGCAAGCAUGAUAGAGGCUGAGCGCGUUUUACUUAGGCAUGCGCUUAGUGAUCCUUUAAAUGACCGCUUUGUUUUCCUCUCAGAUAGCUGUAUACCUUUAUACAACUUCAGCUAUACAUAUGACUACAUCAUGUCAACAUCAACUAGUUUUGUCGACAGCUUUGCUGACACGAAAGAAGGCCGUUACAAUCCAAAAAUGGAUCCUGUUAUUCCUGUCUAUAACUGGAGGAAAGGAUCUCAGUGGGGUGUUCUCACCAGAAAGCAUGCCAAGGUUGUAGUGGAGGAUGAAACUGUCUUUCUAAUGUUUCAAAGAUACUGCAAGAAAAAGCCACUACCAGAAUUUUGGAGGGCUCAUUACAUUCCUGCUGACACAUCUAAGGUGCAUAACUGUAUACCAGAUGAACACUAUGUCCAGACAUUACUGGCUCAAAAGGGCCUUGAAGAAGAGAUCACACGAAGAUCAUUGACACAUACUUCCUGGGAUAUUUCCAACUCCAGGGAAUAUGACCGCCGGGGAUGGCAUCCAGUGACUUACAAGUACUCAGACGCUACACCUAUGCUUCUAAACUUUAUCAAGGAAAUAGAUAAUAUUUAUUUUGAAACCGAAUACCGAAGAGAAUGGUGCAGCAGCAAGGGUAAACCAUCCACUUGCUUCCUUUUUGCAAGAAAAUUCACUCGGACUGCUGCUUUAAGGCUUCUUAAUAUGUCUGUUCUGGGAGUGUUCAAUUAAGAGAACAAAAGACUCAUUUUCAGAGACUGAUACAGGAAAAAAAUACACUUAGCAAAACAAAUAAGAGUAUUGGCACCAUAAUGAUAUGUACAAUGAGUUGUAUAUUUACAAAUUUAACAGUGCCUGUGGUGUACAUUUAGUAAGUAAUUUUUUUUUCUUUCAGAAUAAUAUUGAGAAGUAGGGACACUUCUAAAUAGUGGUUACGUCUUGUUGAAAUUGCGUCAGAUAUGUCCAUGUCAGAUAUUGUAUGGACACCUCAAUUUUUUUAAUUGUAUUUUAUAUUUUUUGUACUUUUA